AUUUUUUUGUCGCAGAAACGCUGCAGGGCAGCAUCUUAGAAUUGCUGGCAAUACUAGCAAAAGUUGAAGAUGUGAAUAGACGAAGCCUAUCUCAAAGAAAUUAUCAGCCGCAGGUACCUUUCAAAAGUAAUUUUACGAUCCACCCAUCGGGUUUUACGGUCACGUGAUAGUCACUGAAUAUGGUAUCGGGCUUUGAAGAUUGGGCGCAGAUUGCAGAUGCAUCAACUCAUAUUCAGAAGCUACCUUUCCUUAUCACCUCAGGCCUCUUCUUCACCAUCGCACUCCUCUCUGCAUCAGGACGCGUCCUCCUCAAACUCCGCUACCACCGCCCAUUCAACCUAGAUGACUGCAUCCUCUUCUUAGGCACCGCCUGCCUCAUUGCAGGAACCGGCAUUAUGUACGCUCUUAUAAACGACAUCUACCUCGGCAUGGCACUUGCAGCGGUCCCAACACUCUCUCAGCGUCUACCAAUGUCGCAGCUACUGUCCUUAGUAUCCAGAAGUAUGGCAUAUAUCGAUUCGUUUCAGUGUCUUUGUUGGACGGCAAUAUUUGCAGUGAAGUUUGCGUUUUUAGCUUUCUUUUGGAAGACGGUGGAAAGAACGGUGGGCUUGAGGAGGUAUUAUUGGGGGGUUGUGGUGGUGAUGGCUUGUGCGUGGGUGUAUUUGGUGGUUAAUCCGUUUUUGGCGUGUCCGUAUUUUGGGAUAGAGGCGAGUACAAAAUGCUCAGGACCGAAGAAAGAUCGUCUUUAUAUCACGCUUUCUUACACGGGAACCGUUAUAGAUUGCGUCACCGACUUCUUAAUUGUCACAAUCCCCGUCCUUGUCCUCCACCGGGUUCGAAUAACCCUCCGCCAAAAACUUGCAGUUGGGACAUUCAUGUCACUCUCCAUCGUCAUGAUUAUCAUCUCCAUCGUCCGAGCCGCAGUGCUCUUCAAUCCUCAGGGGGAAAUCCGCGAUGGUCCCUUGCAGACGUACUUGACGCAUGUUGAAGCGUGUGUAGCCGUUAUAAUGGUGUCGUUGACUGCGUUUCGAAGUCUCUUUAAUUUGGAGAAGGAGGAGAAAAGGAGACUAGAGAGGUUGAAGUGGAGUCCAGGUACUUAGGGAAGGGAAAAAAGAGAUAGAAGGGAGGGUUCGGGACGGGAUCUUAAUAGCAUAGAGUUUCCAGAGAUGCUAGGGAGGACAGUGGUGAGACUUGAGACUUAUGGGGAGGGAGAUUGGAGGGCCAGGGCUUUGUCCUAUGAUGGAAACUGUGAGAUGAAGUCAUGUGCGUCGUCAAUAUCACGAUGCGAUAUUCCGGAUGCGCCAAAGUUCGUCUGAUUCCGGAUUUUACAGGGCAUCAUCAGUCGAGUAUAAAAACUUCAUUUCGUGCUACUUGA